GAUGAGGCCAAUGACAGUGAAGAUUCUCCAGUUCCAUCCAAGAAACCGGCCUCAGAGGAAGCGAUUUCAAAGCAAUUUUCUUCCUUAAAUAUAUCGACACCUUCUAGCAAUUCCUUUUGUGACGAAGUUGAGAUGCUUCCUUUGGACAAAAUCUCGGAUGAAGUGGAUAGUGAUGAGAGCGAUGUGGAAGAGAGUCUUCGUCUCCCCGAGGAACUUUGCAAGGCGUACAACCUAUUGAAGACCACUGGCAGUCUUCCCGAUCCACAUCUUCAAAAAAUUUUUGCCUCAAAACCCUGCCUUGCCGUUGUACCAUACGUGCCUCGUCCCACCCUCCCUCUCCUGCCUGCCUCCGACGCCCCCGCCCGCGAUAACCCUAUGCCGGACCCCGACACUGCUGAUGAUUCUGACAGUGCCGAACCCAUGGAAUCUCAGUCUAUAUCUUCUGCAUUGUAUAUGCCCAAUCUCCCGGUCGAUUGGACUUCCGACGACUUCAGGCUUUCGUCUCAAGUGACUGAACCGGAUGCACGAUGGAUGGCCCGUAUAUAUCGCCAGAUUCCGUGUAAUAAUAUUUUCAAAUUAAUUUGCCCGUCUCUUAGAUGGUACUUUGGUGAAAUUAGUCGGGAGAAAACUAACGAGAUUCUUCUUAAUCAGCCUAUUGGUACUUUUCUAAUCCGAGAUUCAUCAACUACAUCAGGCUUCGUUUUAUCUAUAAAGUUGGUUGUAUUUUGUCAAAUUUACAUACCCCUUCGUAGAGAGGCCACCAAGGUCGUUCGUUAUCUUAUUAAUUAUUGUAAUGAAACAAACGAUUUCAAUUUCGGCAAUUUAAACUUUGAGUCACUUGAAGCUGUUCUUGAGUACUAUUCUCAAGGGAAGACUUCUGCUUGUUUCAUGGUAAAACCCGCUCCCAAAGAAAGACUUCUGGCCCUUUUCGAUUUUGCUGGGGAGAAGGACGAUGAUUUGCCUCUUUCUAAAGGCGAUAUGGUUGCUUUUUUGAUUCAGAAGAAGGAUUGGAUUUUAUGCUCCCUGAGUGAUGGCCGAAGGGGUUGGGUACCUUCCAACCACCUUGCUCCUUAUAACGCAGAACUUCUGGCUAGUCUGAAAGUUGACAAAGGGAACUUGAAUUCCAUGUCGUAUUGCAGCCUCUGCGGUAUCAUUAACGUUCCUACAAAUGCCAAAGUCAUACGCUCUCGUCAACCAUCGAUAUUUCAAGUCAAUCAUUUAGAAAUUCAGGAAAAUGAACCGGUUCGUGUGGAACGAGUACUCAAUGACGGCAUUUGCGAAAUCUGGCUCGAACGACUGCAUUUUAUCCUCCGUGAUUUCUGCCAUGGGUUCGCAUGCAACCCCUUCGGCUCUUUACCUGCUGUAGGUCGUGCAGCAGUCAUGUCAAAUUUGGCGAGACUAGGAAAACUGGUUGCUUCGCGGACCGCUCUUUUUGUCUGCGACAUUCAGGACAAAUUUCGCCCUGCUGUCGCGCACUUUGAUGCCAUUGUUAGCGUCACUGAACGGCUCAUUUCGGCUGCCAAGAUGCUUGACGUGCCCGUCGUUGUGACUGAAAUGUAUCCCAAAGGACUUGGCCAAACUGUUAGGGAACUGGGCGACCUUACAGAUAUUCCCGUUAUUCCUAAAACGUCGUUUUCCAUGGUCACAAAGGAGGUCGAAUCGAAGAUAGAUCUUAACAAGGGGAUCGAUUCAGUCAUCCUAUGCGGCCUCGAGACACACGUCUGCAUUCAGCGCACCGCCCUGGACCUGUUGGAGCGUGGGAUCGACGUCCAUUGCGUCGCAGACGCUGUCUCUUCUCGCUUUAUGGUAGACAGGAUGUUUGCACUCGAACGAAUGCGUCAGUCGGGCGUCUUUAUAACGACCAGUGAAUCGGCCAUUCUGGGUCUCAUGUCGGGAGCCGAACACCCAAUGUUCAAGCAAGUCCAGAAGCUGAUCCUCCCUGAAGCUCCCGACAGUGGUCUCCUUUCUUCACCUCUUGCUCGAUAA